AUGACGAAGUACUUCAGCUUUGCAGCGACAUGUAACCGAUGGUUCCGCUUCUCCUUUUCCUGGGCGGGCCUGAAACCGACCACCAUCGACCUUGGUGACGGCACGGUCGUGCACUGUUGGGUACCCAAGACGUACGAACCCAACAAACCCGACUUGCUCCUCUUGCACGGCCUCGGAGUCAACGCCAUGUGGAACUGGAACGAGUUCAUCUCAUCCUUCAUCGCUGGAUUCAACGUGUACGUGCCUGAUCUCUUGUUCUUUGGCGACUCCUACACUGUGCGGCCUGAGCGGACUGAGCAGUUUCAGGCUCAGUGCAUCGCAGGAGUCUUGGAGGAUCAGGGAGUGAGGAAGACAAACGUGGUGGGGAUGAGUUACGGCGGAUUCGUGGGGUAUAGCUUGUCUGCGCAGUUCCCGGAGAUGGUUGAGAAGUUGGUUCUGUGCUGUGCAGGGGUAUGUAUGGAGGAGAAGGACAUGGAGGAUGGGAUGUUUUCGGUGAAGAGCUUGGACGAAGCCCUUACUUUUCUGCUUCCACAGACGCCGGAGAAAGUGAAGGAGAUGUUUGAGGUCACCUUUUACAAGCCGGUGACGAGAAUGCCCACUUUCAUCAUGCAGGAUCUCAUUGAUGUUUUGUGGACGGAGUACCUUCAAGAAAGGAUAGGGCUGGUCAAUGCAAUGUGCAAAGAUAGGAAGAUGUCUAAUCUUCCCAAAAUAACUCAGCCAACACUGAUAAUCUGGGGGGAAUAUGAUAAAAUCUUUCCAUUGGAACUGGGUCACAGAUUAAAGAGGCAUUUGGAUGAAAACGCGCGACUAGUGGUUAUAAAGGAUUGUGGUCACGCGAUGAAUAAAGAAAACCCCAAAGAGAUGUACAAACACAUCGAGGCGUUCCUCGGCAAUCCACUCCUUUCACCUAAAUCAAACUAG